ACUAGCUUGCUAGCUAGCUAGCUACACUACUCGCAUGGUAUUGGAACAAGAUUGGGUUUUCUUCUUUUUUUUUCAGGAAAUAUUGCUAAGAUGCUUGCUUUACCUCUGCUGACGGUGCCAACUCAAAUCCUGGAGCAAAGUCACAUCACAGCUUCAUGUUCUCUCUGUGUGAGGCAGAGUGAGCGGCGGGGAGGAGAGAGCACAUCUGAGUCUCGGGGUAUCAGCAGGACCACGUACCACUUGGCCCGAGAGAUCGAUGCAUUUAUGCCAAGCCACACAGGAAGGGUGAGUGGCCCGCAGGACGUCCGUGUACUGCCUCAAGAGUGAAGAGAGAGAGAGAGAGAGAGAGGGAAGAAGAUUAUCCAAGGCCAAUUUAAAGGCUUUCAGCUGGUCACUCGGAGCAGUGUGUUGGAAACUCUGGAGUGAGCAGAGACGUCUUGUGGAUGUUUCAAGGACACCAAAGUCAGCGUGAAGGAGGAAGACGAGAACAUCGUAGUGCGGAAAGACUCUCGGCCAAGUCUGUUUUUAUAUCUUUUGGGGCUGGGACUGGAGCGGGGAAAGGAGUCCACCACCUACUGGUGCUGUUACUGCUGGGUCAAAGGAGAGACAAUUUAGGAUGCCCAGUGGUCAUAAACCAGAGCACAAGAGGAGGGUUAAGUGGAGAGGUUGAGUUGAAGCCCAGUGAGAGACAGGAGAGUUGAAUACAGUUCAUGGGCCAAGACCGCAGAUAGGAAUCAUCGUGAUGCUGAUGCACAAUGUCAAGUGAAGCUGCACAUUAGAGACAACACUGCACUUGAGAUUUUGGAUAAACUUGGUGAGCUGCAGCCCAGAAGACCAACACUAAAAGGAUCAACUCUGGUGGGUGCCCUCAAGGUGCAGAGUCGGACAGAGAACAAAGCACUCACAGAAAAGGGGCUUAUUGUGCAUCUAUCAACCUGAAGCACAUCUAAUCAGACAAUUAGCCCUCAUCUUUGGCUAAUUUCCAUGUGUGUGUGGACAGCAGUGGUGAGGUUUGUUCCCAGCAUGCAUCUGGCACAGCAACAUAACAGGGCCGCUGUGCCCACAGCAGGCUGGAUCCUAGUUUUGGCUCUGUUUCUUCCUCUACAGGGUGCCGGUCAUGCUGCUCCAUCAGGAGAAAACAAGCUGGUUCGUACCACCAGAGUGAGAAGACAGAUCCCAGGGGGGAAUCAGCCCCCCUUUGCUCCCUCAGCCAAUGAAACACUGCGGGAGCAACCUGUGAUAUUUAACCACGUGUACAACAUCAAUGUACCCUUGGAGUCUCUGUGCUCUGUUGACCUGGAUGCCUCCGCGCCACCUGCCCCAGGUGAUGGUUCUCGUGCUGAGUUGGGGUCCACACCUUCUGUAGAUGGUCCAAUGGAUCAAAAUGGACCAACAGAAUACACUGAGCAGACGCUGGAUGCUGACAGCCAGGUAACAUUUACUCACCGCAUCAACAUCCCAAAAGCUGCAUGUGGUUGUCCAGCAACAGCCACAAUCCAGCAACUUGCCACCAGGGUGGAGAUGCUAGAGAGAGAAGUUUCCAUGCUCAGAGCUCAGUGUGGGUCUGGAUGCUGUGGGGAGAACUCAGCCAUGGGUCAUAUGGACUUUGUCCCAGGCUGCAGUGGCCAUGGCAGCUUCAGCUUUGACCUGUGUGGCUGCAUCUGUGAGGAAGGAUGGUCCGGCAAAAACUGUUCGGAGCCUCGCUGCCCGGACGACUGCUCCGGCCAGGGGGUGUGCGUGGAAGGGGAGUGCGUGUGUGACCGCGACUUUGGAGGCGACAACUGCUCAGAGCCGCGGUGCCCUUCAGACUGCUCGGGUCGCGGGCUGUGUAUUGACGGAGAGUGUGUGUGUGAAGAGUCCUUCACUGGUGAAGACUGCAUGGUCGGGAGGUGUCUUAAUGACUGCUCGGAUCAGGGGCUGUGCAUCAAUGGGACGUGCCAGUGCAGGCCUGGGUACGUGGGAGAGGACUGCUCGCUGGUCUACUGUGCCAACAACUGCAGCAAGAAGGGAGUCUGCAAGGAGGGAUUCUGUGUCUGCCAGGAUGGAUUUGCAGGAGAUGACUGCAACUCUGUGGCACCGGCCAUGAACGUGAAGAUACGAGGCGUGACUGAUAACACUGUUGAGGUGGAGUGGGAGGGGUCAGUUGUGAUGACAGAUUUCUUAGUGACCUACACACCAAGCAGCCCUGGAGGUGUGCAACUUGAGAUAAGGAUUCCCGGUAAUACCACCACCUGCACUAUCUCAGGCCUGGAGGCGGGCAUGGAGUACAACAUCAACGUGUUCGCUGUCAUUAACAACAGUAUCAGCGUCCCUGCCAGCAUUACUGUUUCGACCUAUCUCUCCAAUCCAGGUGGUUUAGUCUUCAAAUCUAUCACAGAGACGUCGGUGGAGGUCCAGUGGUUACCCUUCUACUAUUCCUUCGAUGGAUGGGAGAUCAGCUUCAUCCCUAAGGACAAUGAUGGAGGGAUGACUGCACAGCUGCCCAGCACCAUCACUUACUUUUUGCAGACUGGUUUGAGACCAGGGGAGGAGUAUACCAUUAACCUGGUGGCACUCCGAGACCAGGGUCGAAGCCAGCCAGUCACUGCCACUGUCACAACAUUGAUUGAUGGCCCCACUCAGCUGAUUGUGCGGGACGUGUCAGACACCGUAGCGUUUGUGGAGUGGACACCACCCAAAGCAAAGAUUGAUCAGAUCGUGUUACGUUACGGCCUGGUGGGAGGAGAGGGUCCACGGACCACCUUCCGCCUCCAGCCCACACUCAGCCAGUACUCCCUGCAGGUUUUGCGUCCUGGCUCGCGUUACGAGGUGUCUGUGAGCGGAGUGAGAAAAGGAAAUGAAAGCGGAUCCAUUUCCACCGAAUUUACUACCGCUUUAUCGUUCUUCUCAGAGAUCGAUGCCCCCAAGAACCUGCGGCUUUUGUCCAAGACCUCCACCACCCUGGAGCUUGAAUGGGAAAACAGUGAGGCCGAGGUGGAGGGCUACCAGGUGGUGUACAGCACUUUAGCAGGAGACCAGUAUGAUAAAGUCAUUGUACCACGCAAUGAGGGAGCCACCACUAAGACCUCCCUCACAGACCUGCUGCCAGGCACAGAGUACGGCAUCGGCAUUUCUGCUAUGAAAGGUAGCAACCAGAGUACACCAGCAACAAUGAACGCCAGGACGGGUCUGGAUGUGCCCAUGGAUCUAACUGUGACGGCUUCUACAGACAACACCAUCUCUCUGGUGUGGGGCGUGGUCCAGGGCCCCAUCGACCAUUACAAGAUCACCUAUACAUCCUCCUCUGGCGUUGCUACUGAGCUGACGGUGCCUAAAGAUGUAACCACCACCACUCUGAUGGACCUCGAGCCUGGGACUGAGUACACCAUCACUGUGGCAGCAAGAAGAGGAAGGCAACAGAGCAAUGCAGCAACCAUAGAUGCCUUCACAGGAAUCAGGCCCGUAACCCACCUGUACUUGUCAGAGGUGACUUCCGACUCAGUGUCGGUGGCGUGGAGCGCCCCAGCACCGCCUGCUGACCUCUUCAUCCUGAGCUACAGCUCUGCAGACGGGACCGACACCUCUAAGGUGACGCUGGACGGCUCCAAGACGAGGUCACUGGUCCUGGGGCUGCUUCCUUCUACUCAGUACACCGUCAGCCUAAUCACAAUACAGGGGGACAUUACCUCUGAGCCCAUUACAGCAUCACUCACUACAGGCAUGGACCCACCAAAAGAGAUGACCGUGUCAGAUGUGACCGAAGACGCAGUGACUAUCUCUUGGAUCAGACCACUGGCCCCAUUUGAAUACUAUAAGCUUUCCUACCAAUCAGCCAGAGGUCGAGUGGACAGCGAGGUGGUUUACAGCGAUGUGACCAACUACACCUUGUCAAGCCUGUUUCCUGCCACAGAAUACGAAAUCAGCCUCAACGCUGUCAGAGGGAGUCAGGAGAGCAAAGUGGUCAGCACCUCCGUCUUCACAGCGAUGGACAUGCCAGCUGAGUUGACAGCUCUCAACAUCACUCCACAAGGAGCCCUGCUGAGAUGGAAUCCACCCGUUUCCAGUGUCGACAACUACGUUCUGACCCUCACACACAACCAGAUGACAGCUGACACUUUCCUUGUGGAAGGCAACAAGCAGGAGCACCAGCUGUCCAAACUUAAGCCAAGCACCACCUACUCUGUAGCACUCUACGCCACCAAAGGACCCCUCACCAGCGGCACCGUCAUCACCAACCUCCAAACACCCAUGGACGCACCCCUGAACCUGACAGCCAGUGAAGUGAAUCACCGCAGCGCUCUCAUCUCCUGGCAACCGCCAAUCGCAGAAAUUGACAACUACAUGCUUACCUACAAGUCAACCGACGGCAGCCGCAAAGAGCUGAUCCUGGAUGCAGAGGACACCUGGAUUCGACUGGAGGGACUGGCUGAGACCACAGAGUACACUGUCAAGCUCCAGGCUGCAAGAGGACUUGACACCAGCGCUGUAGUCUCCACUACCUUCACUACAGGGAGUCGUCUGUUUGCAACACCUCAGAAUUGUGCCCAACACCUGCUGAAUGGAGAGACGCUGAGCGGCGUCUACACCAUUUACAUCAACAGAGACCCCAGCCAGGGCGUGCAGGUGUACUGCGACAUGACCACUGAUGAAGGAGGCUGGAUUGUAUUCCAGCGUCGUCAGAACGGCCUGACAGACUUUUCCAGGAAGUGGAGUGACUAUCGGGUCGGCUUUGGAAACCUGGAGGAUGAAUUCUGGCUUGGUCUUGACAACAUCCAGAGGCUUGCUGCUCAGGGCCGUUAUGAGAUGAGAAUUGACAUGAGGGACGGACAGGAGUCAGUCUACGCCAAUUAUGACAAAUUCUCCCUUGGAGAUGCAAGAAAUCUCUACAAGCUCAGGAUAGGAGAGUACAAUGGCACUGCUGGUGACUCUCUGAGCUACCACCAGGGCCGGCCCUUCUCCACAAAAGACAGAGACAAUGACAUCGCUGUCACUAACUGUGCCUUGUCUUACAAGGGAGCCUGGUGGUACAAGAACUGCCACCGGGCCAACCUCAACGGCAAAUACGGCGAGUCCAGACACAGUCAGGGUAUUAACUGGUACCACUGGAAAGGCCAUGAGUUCUCUAUUCCCUUCGUGGAGAUGAAGAUGAGGCCAUUCAACUUCCGUAGCAUCAGCAGCAAGAGGAGGCGGUCUGCCCCUGUAUAAACAACGCGCCUCCACCCAGCCCAGAGUCAUAGAUAGAUGGAGUUCGGACGAUGUUCCCUGAUGUGUUUCUGCUAUCUGUGAGCCUCACUGAUCCGCUCUGUAAUGCCUUUUAGUGAGGCUGCAAAGAAAAAGAGGGUUGUGACAAGAAAGCUACUAAUAUUUUAUUAUAUUCAGUUGUAAAAUAAUAAAACCUUUUAUUAUUAACAUACUACCAAUACACAUUAUAACUAUGGAUGAGAUCAUGAAAUAGCAGAGAGGGUGAAACAAUGUCCGAACUCAGGUUGUCUCUGCCCAGCUUUAGCUGUCUUUCCCUGCUGUACUUCUACCCAGAUGAUAGAGGACACUGUAAUGUAAUUUAUUAAAUACUUUGAAUGACAAUGGUUUUAUUUCCUGUAAAAAAAAAGGAAAGACAAAGCAAGCUUUUCUCUCCUUUUAAGUCUGUGAUUUGCCUUUCCCUGGGAUGCAAGGAAAUGUGCUCAGAAAUGCCCUUAAGACUGCGAUAGCUAACGUUAUUUUAACUGUUACAAAAUAAUAACACUUUUAACGAAAAAAUAUACUGCAUAUGCCCUUAAAACGCUUAACUGUAAGAUAUAUAUAUAUUUUUAUAACUGAAAUUGUGACAAAAGUCCAUCUAUUUAAUAUGAUUUGAUACCUUGGUUUUUGAGCCCAUAUUAAGGUAUGUUAUCCUAAAACAUGAUGACAAAUACUGGACAUACGAGAUUAAAAUUAACAUCAAAAAGCAAAUUGAACAUCCAGUAUCAUCAUUCACAAAGUAUUGCACCAGCAACAGCUUUAUUACCAUCUAUUUUUUUUUUCUCUGUCUAUGUAACUGUUGAUUCCUUUGUGUUAAUUAUGAAAUCAUUAAUAUUGAACUUUAUUAUUAUUGGUAGCCACACUGGGACAGUAUUUGCACUACGAGAGGGAACACAGCAAACCUAUUGUUCAUUUAAUUCAGUUAUUUCCUUAGUAGUUCAUGGGCAUUUAAAUAUGUCCUGUUUUUUUUUUUUUUUCGAGAAAAUUACAAGUGCUUAAUAUCUGUGUCACCCCUGUUGUAGAUGCUGUGGUUGCUUGCAGAGAUGGUGCUGAUAGGUGGAACAUGUAACCAAAGAUCUGCAUAAUAAAGACUACCUGCUGUUUGGAAAGAUGCCAGUCAGCUCGGUCACUAAAGUCACUGAAGCAGCUUUUUCCUGUAUUAAUCGAUUCUCACUUUUCAGGGACUUUUAUGGUAAUCAUGUCCCCUGGCGUUAUGCGUUAUGCAAUGUGAACACUAAAUCUAUUCUAAAGAAAGUCAGGGUGGGCAUAGUGGCCGUCACUUGAACACACACACACACACACACACACACAGACACACACACACUGCUAGCUGAAAUGAACUUAACAAAGAAAGCAGAACAGUGGGUGGAGUGGAGCCAAGUCUUUCGUCUGUGCCCUUUUACUCGCUUCACUAUUUAAGCACCCCCAGUGAAACAACAAAUUCAGCAAACAUGGCAGAGAAUGUAUUUUUUUAGUAGGGCAGGUGUAAUCUGCAGCAUGCCCACCAAGAUUUAUUCCAUUCAGUGUUCACACUGAAAGCGUUCAGUGACAGUGUAUUUAGUCGACGGCAGUUUUCUGGAAAUGGUUUUGUUUUAGUUUCCUGCCUCCUCUGUUGGAGGAAAAUGAUCUCUGUUGAGUCACACACACUUGCUAAAUCUCCUCUCUGGCUUCUUAUGAUACAUAAAAACAACAUUUCCAAUGCAAUGGAAAUCAAUGCCACCAUCGCUGCAAGCAACAUUUUUUCACCUAUAUAUUCAAUAAUCCAAAUUUUAACAGCUAGAAAUCUCAUUGUUACGUACUUCUGUCUUUCUUCACUUCAGUUAUCUGCUUGAAGCAAACCAGAAAAUCUGGCUUGUGUUAUUGGACUGCGUAUAUUUUUAGUUUUUUUUUGUCCUUUUAGACUUGAAAACAAUGGCGACUCUCCCUUCUAUAAACUACUAAUAUACUCAUGUAGAUAUAGAGUUGAAGGUGAUGUGACUAUUGAAGUGUUCCCCCUUUAGAUGCAAACUAUUCAGAAACUUUCCCCCAUUAACCGCUCUAUUUUUAACCAUUGUUGUGUUUAAAAGGCAGAUGGAGCCUACUGCAUGUUGACUGAAUUGCAAUCAAGAGCCUGAUAGCGAAUGACAAAUGUCAUAAGAAUGUGUGACAUACUUUUUUGCUGAGCUGGGUAAAAGUUGCACUUGAAAUAGUUAGUUAUAGUUAUAUUAGUUAUAAUUUGUAAAAUAAAAGAUGCAGAUAAUAGAGAUUAACCAGACCUGUAAGAUGUUGUGGAGACAAUAAAAUUACCCUCAAGGGCAAAAUAAACAUAACCUAAAACCUAAUUUAUAACCAACUGUUUCAACAUGUGACCUUUCCCAGGUCUGAUUUAUGUUUCAGUGUCAAAGUGACUGUUUCAGAGCCUCUCAUGCAAUCCAUCUCACACAGUGAUUUAUAGUAGUCUAGGGAAUUCUCUGUGUACUUAUUUAAUUAACUACGUAGAUGAAGUUUGCCUCGGUGCAUUUUUGUAAAGGGAAGAAAGGUUGUGAGGCUUUGCAGAAAAGGAAACGAAUGCUAUUUGUAUUGUUCUCUCAUGGCAAACUAUAAAGGUGCUUUUUAAUCUAUCAAGAUAAAAGAUGAUAUACAUUGUAGUUUAUUUUGCCUAUUUUCCAAUCAUCGUUCAUGAAUUGAAGCUUUUUCUGUCAAUCAAUGAGAAAAACACAAAAAGAAAAUUGUUUGAGUGGAAAUGCCUCUGUCCUGCCUUUCAUUUCAGGUUAAUUGUUUUAAUGUUAAUCAUCUUUUUCCAUUGGUAAAAAAAAAAGAAGAAAAAAAAAACAUAACUCUUUGAAGUUGACUGUUUUGUCAUGGAAACAACAUGCUGGGGAAUUUAAUAGACGAAAUAGCCUGAAUCAUUUUCUAACAUCAAGGUAGAUCAAGUCAUUUGUUUUCCUCAUUGCAAGCCAACUAAGUAUUU